GCGACGAUGUUCGCGCUAGGUGGGUGCGGGUCAAGUCCGCUACGACUUGCUGGCUACCGACCGACCAUGGACUCCCAGAGGGGCUCCCUCCUACCCCGGGACGGGGAGACCCCGGAAAAGGAGAUACAGCUGCGGGUGACCCCAUUGGAGCUGAAGUUUCUGGACGCGCUGGCCGGCAAGGUGUACCGCCUUCCAAUUACUGCACACAAUCUCGGCCGUUGCAACCAAAAGAUUUGGUUUCAGGAGCCGGCCAAACCACAGUUCAAACUGAUUUUGAACAAUCUGUAUAAAGAACUUGCUUCUGGACUUCAUAUGACAGCUAUGGUAGAAUAUCAUCCCGAUAAAGAUGAAGACACUUUUGACCAACUACUUAUUUCAAUAGGAAAUGAAACAAUAGAGAUCCCUCUAAUUGGGUUGAUUCCAUCUUGUCAGUUGGAAAUCGAGUCAGAAGUGAAUUUUGGCACACUGGUUACCAAUAGUAAAGUAUAUUGUAAAGAGGUUCAUAUCACUAACCAUGGCAGAGUUCCAGACCUUGUGGAAAUGGGGAGGUGGAAGGUUUGGGUUGUUUUGGAUUGUGGCUCCAAACCCAUCUGCAACGAAGACCUUGUUGUUCCUUCAGAAACAGUCAGGCUAAUUGCUGAUUGUAAAAAGGAUAAUGAUCCUUCACACAGGCAGGACUAUGCUGUCUUUUUGAGAUCUGAGUCUGUAGGAAGUAAAGAUGGAUUUUUGAGAGAUGAUAAUAAAAACAUCAAAAGUGAUCGAUUUCAGAACGUGGAAGUAGCAAUGACAGGCUCGGCACUUCGUGUCUUACUACAUUUUGGUCCAGGAAAGGUCCUUAAUUUUGCACCAUGUUUCAUGGGUGGACAUUCAGAGUGUCUGUGUUUUAUGCAAAAUCUGUCCAAAUCAAACCCUGUGAUGUACCAGUUUAAAAAAACUGCACAUUUUAAAAUUGAUCCUCAAAGGGGCAAGAUUGAUAAAGGAUGUAUCCAGCAUGAAGCCCUGGCCCUCCUUGCUGUGACUGCUUGCAGGAAUGGCUGGGUCCUGGAGCCUUCUAGGGCAGUGGAACCCAGGAGCCAGCGGUGGAAUACUCGUGAGCCAGCAGCUGCCGAUAGCAGCAAAAGCCCCACAGCUGGCAGAGCAGGGACGCAUCAGGCUGCCGCAGCCCCACCACCUCCUUGCAAGGUUUGGGCUCCGCGUGGGCACCGCCAGGCAGUAACGAGCUGGGCGCGCCUCGGGCAGCAUGGCUCAGCUCCUCGCGGCUGCAGCUGUGCUGACCGUAAACGUGCUCCAGCUCGGACAGGAGCGGGAUCCCCACUCGCCUGGGGAGCAGAGUGGCCAGGCUGCGCGCCGGCGGAAGAGGCUCUGCCCGGUUCAUUCAUUCCACAUCAAGUUGGAGUCUUUAAAGUGAAGCAGUUUAUAGACAUUAUUGGCCCAGUAUUAGAUGAAAAUUUGCAGUCUUUAUCACUGAAACCUUUUCACCGAGUAUAUUUAGAUGUCAACAGUGUCUGCAAACCUUGCACCAAGACAGUUGUGAUGAAAAUUAAUCCUGGUAUAUCCCCUUUGGUCAGUAAUCCUGCUGGACAGUUUGUGGCCAAAGACUUGACAACAUACAAGGACUGUGCACCUGUCGCAAUGCUGCAGUCAACCCUUACACGCAUUCACGAUCAUCGCUCAAGUGAAGAGUCGAAGGAUGUGCUGAUAGCCUUUCCCAAUGACCGAACUGCAAGUAUCAGGUCUGGAGAGCAGAAUAGACAUUUCAGGACAAUUUUCACAAAGAUUCCAAGAUACAACUAUGUGGAUCCUGAUUUUGCAUAUACUGAAUUUGAAAGAAUAGAAAAGAAAGCACAUGACAACUAUUAUGCAAGAUACAUUGAACAUUCAAGAAACAUGCGCCUACAGAGAAAAGCAGAGAGGGCAUACGUGUAUUCAUAUAACGAUACAGACAUAGGAUUACAGCCAGGAUCAGGUAUAAAGUCACCUUCCCUCUCAGAAACAGAAAUAGAAGAGGAGUUACCUUCAGCAAUGUGUCAGAUCAGACCUAACCAAAUGCUAAGUACCAAGAAGAUGUCAUCCAAGGAGACAGCAUCUCUGAAAAGAAAGGUUCUCAAAGGACUUAAGUCAGGCCCAUCCACAUCCCAUGAAAAACAUGAUUGUAGCUUAAUUUUGACACCAAAGCAAAUUCAUCAAGUAAUCAUUGGGCCCUCUGUCCUUAAUUUUGGUGAAGUUUCUGUGAACUCCACAAAUACUCAUCUACUGCAUGUUAUUAAUAUGCUACCUAUGCAUAUUUUGAUCCAAUUAGAUAUUGAUUUGGAAGAACUUCAGAAAACCAAGCAGUUUUCAUAUGUGGUUCCACCUACAGCUAGUACUCAUAUUUCAAUGGUAUUUGACUCUCCAACCUUUGGAAAAUUUUGGAAGGCUUUCAGCUUUACAGUGAAUGGUAUACCCAGUGGGCACAUCCUAGUGACGGCAGUUGUCAUCCCAGUAAAACUUGAGCUAUCUUCUCAUGAGCUAGUAUUGAGACCGCACAGUUCCUCGAUGAAAACAUGUUUUAGGGGAACGGUUAGGUUACAUAAUCAUCAUAAUUAUUUUCCCCAGUUUGAAUGGCAACCAGUAAACACAGGAAGAGGGAUGGCAUUUUCCAUUCAUCCAGCUAAAGGUACGGUUGAACCAUACUCCUCAUUGGAUUGUGAAAUAACAUGGCAGCCAAGUUUCAUUUCUCCAGAAGAGGGAGAAUUUAUUCUUCACAUCAAGGAAGGAAACACGCUGACACUAAAAUGUGUUGCACAUGUUGGUCACACCAAGGUCAUGUGUUUGCAGCCAAGGAUAAUCUUCAGUAAUAGCCCUCAAGGUUUGACAACUUGGAGGAAAGCCAUUCUUCGCAAUGUUGGACAAAACCAUGCGUAUUUCAAGGUUUGUGACCAGAGUCUUUUGUCUACCAUUAAUAUUGUUCCAUCACAUGGAAUAAUUCCAGUGGGGGGGCUAACUCUUCUCAACAUCUCCUGUACACCAACUGUGGCAGAAAACUUUGAUACAAGAGCUGAGGUUGCUAUUCGUCAUGGAAAUGUCAUAGACCUUAGGAUUGGUGGAUCUGUUGAGAUUGCUGAUGUCGAAAUUAAUCCGGAUGUAUUUAACUUCAGUGGCACAUAUAUUGGCACCACUCAGGUUAUUCCAUUUUUAAUAAAAAACAAAGGUAUAACGCGUGCAAGAGUGGAUUUCAAUUUAGAAGAGUUUGAAGAAUUUUCAGUGGAUUUUAAAGGUAAAUCAGGGGAAUUCAUGGGCCCGGCAUUUCCCAAAAUAAAUUCUUUGGAAUUAGAGGAAAAUACAUCUCUGCAGUGUGGCAUAGCAUUUUCUCCCAAAGAAGUGCCAUUUCAUUUUCUGUUAAAAGCAGAAAAAAUUAUUCUCAGGAAUAUUCAGAUCAAGGUCAAGAUCAACAUAAUCAAGAUCAACUACCCUCCUGUCACAAAACAGUAUCCCAACUAUCCAAUGAGUUUCAUGAGGAAGACUCAGGUGAUGAUAUUAGCAAUUUAAGAAUCUGGUAUGAUCUUGAGAUCCACAGCUCUCCCAGACCACCAGCAAACAUCAUUGAGGUGAAAUGUAUUGCUCUGGAAAGCGUUUGCAUUGCAGUUCCUCUCUCUAAUCCAAAUAAGGAAAUUAUUCACCUAGAUGUGCAGUUACCGAGUGUCGCCUUUAGUGGACUCAAGGAACUUAAACUGCAUCCACUAGAAUGCACCAACUAUGUUGUAUGGUAUA